AUGAGUAUAGUUGAGAAUUACAGCGGUGAUGAAAGUGAUGAUAAAAGGGAAAAGAAAGAGAUUUUACAACGCAUGGAAUGUUUUAACCGAUUAUUUGUUGUUGCAUAUUCUUCCGUGCAAUUAUAUUACGAGAAGUAUAUAUUGAGGCAACCAUGCAUGGAUUCAAAACAGUCAGGUGAGACAUGGAUCCGAGAGAUCCUUGACGGUCAUGAAUCACGUUGUAUGAUUAAUUUUAGGAUGUCUAAAAUGGUAUUCACAAGUUUGUUGAAAGUUUUGGAGACAAGAUACAACUUGAAAACUUCAAGAAACAUAUCUUCUAGUGAAAUGUUGGGAAUUUUUUUAUACAUCUUGGGCACUGGCGCAAAAGUUUCCCAAUGUCGAGAAAGAUUCCAAAGAUCUGGAUCAACAAUAAGUCAAAACUUUGCAAUUGUGCUUGAGAAAGUUUCAAUGAUGGCCACUGAUCUAAUUGCACCUGAAGAUCCUUUUUUUAGCUCAAUACCCGAACAAAUACGUAAUGAUUCUAGAUAUAUGCCGCAUUUUAAGGAUUGCAUAGGUGCAAUUGAUGGUACUCACAUUGCCGCUAUUCUUCUACCAAAUGAACAAAUUCCCUAUAUUGGAAGAAAAGGAAAAUAUUAUCUUGUUGAUUCUGGAUAUCCUCAAAUGAAAGGUUAUCUUGGACCAUAUAGAGGUCAGCAAUAUCAUUUACCUGACUUCCGUAGAGAUUUUAUGGAAUACGAAGAUAUUAACUGGGCAUAUGAGAAUAUUAUUGAUUCAGAAAAUACGCAUGGUCAAGAAAGUGAUGAUGAUGACAACGACGAUGAUGAUGGUGAUGAUGAAGCAUGGGGAUUUAGAGACAUUGUAUAG